AGCACAGGCUGUGUCCACAUGCAGCUGGGGAGGUGGGAGCAGGGCUGGGAGCGCUGGCAGCGCUGGGGGACAGGCAAGGGAGCUCGACAGAGGAGGAAAGCGUGAGGGGGGCUGCUGACAGAGGCAGGUGGAAGCUGGCAGCAUCUAGACGAUGUGGGUCAGAGGUCCCAGCACCUAAUGGUGGCCUGCUCGCCUGGCAGCAGGGCCAGAGGUGCUGCCAGAGAGGCGGCGGGCGAGGGGCAGCGCAUGCCUCUCGCACUGGCCUUGCCCCCAAGAGCCGAGGCAGCAGCUUUGCCCUUGGUCGGAGCCCUGAAGGACAAAGGGAGCAGUGUGGCCCUCGGCCCAGCAGUGCCGGAAGGAGAAACUGCAGCGGCUUUGCCCUGGGCUGCGGGCCCUCCGGAUGAGCAGUGCCCACGGGAGCUGAGCCAGCAGCUUCUGCCUGACCGUCCCGGGGAACAGCAGUCACAAAGGGUUUGCGUGGGGAGGCGAGAGCAGCUCCGAAGGACUGUGUCUGCUCCCGAGCCCUUGGCCCACGGCUCCGCCAUGCUGGACGCCGUGGAUCUGGCUCAGCAUGGCUGGGUCUCCCUUCUCUGGGGCAGUGGCUGCCUCCUGCGCCUCUGCCCCAGGUUCCUGCUGCUGCUGGCAGCCUGGGCCACCAUGCGCAUCUGGUGCAGCGUCUGCGGCAAACGCCGCCAGGUCUCUCCCUGGAGCUGGUGCGGGGGGAGGCACUCGGACGCCCGGGACCCAGGCGAUGAGCAGCGGGCGUCCGGCUGCAGGGCCCGGGGUGGGUUCCUGUGCUACGACCUCAGCUGCAGGCCCUGCGGCGAGGCCGCCCGGGAGAGGCAGCGGCAGCUGGAGGCAGAAGCUUGGCAAAGCCCCUGGGCCUCCAGCAGGCCACAGUCGCCCUCCUCGGAGGACUCCAGCCCCUGGAGGGCACACAGCGAGCGGAGGAGACUGCCUGCCCGGCAUAGGGGGCUGCCCCAGAGGGGGCCGGGGGCCCCGAGGCCGCUGCCUCCAGCCACAGACCCAACCGACCUUGAGCUUUGCAGCCAGGCCGACAAGCUUGCGGGGCUGACGCACGCCCUGCCAGAGAGAGCUGUCAGCCCCCAGGCCGACUCACCCACCACCCUGGGCUCGCGCCUGGCUGAGGGGGCUGGCAGCCUGCCCGGGGGCACCGAUCCUCGCCCUGUGUGGAGGCUGGAGCUGGAACACAAGUUCAAGAAGAUGCUGCGGAUGCACUUGAUAAAGAAGUGCACAGAGAUCCGUCUGGCAGGCUUCCCCACCAUGGUGCAGGCAUCCUGGGAGGUGUCCAUCUGCAGCCUGGGGCACCCCGCAGCCCCCCCACUGCUGCGCUCCACCACGGCCCCCAAGUACUUCCACACGGCAGAGGCCCUGUUCCUGCCAGAGGAGGCCCGGGAGACCCUGGAGCUCCACAUCCGGGCAAAGAGGCUGCAGCACCAGCAGAGCCUAUCCAAGGAGUCGCCUGCAGCUCAUGUGCCCAAGGCACCGGUCUCAGCCCACCAAGAGCAGCGUCAAGAGUCCCCCGUCCAGCUGCCUGCUCAGCAUCCGCCCUGCCUUCCCCAGGCCACCGAGCACCGUGCAGAGCUGCAGCCUGAGCCCUUGCGUCCGGAGAGGGACAACAGCGGGCAGGAAGAAAAGAAGCAGCAGGGAUCGGACACCCAGGGCAGGAUGUGGCGCCUGAGGAACACCAAGGGAGCGGUCACAUACACGGCCCAGCGGCUCUCCCAGAGCCCCCGUGCCACGAGGUGGACCAUCCUCAGGGUCCUGGUGUUACAUCCUCCGAGCAAAGGCUCAUUCAGUUAA